AUGGGGUCUUUUUUCAAGGCGUCCGCUCUUUGCCUCGUGGCGCUGUGUGGGAUGCAGUCGGGAGCGGAUGCCAAAGCAUUGACAUUCGUAGUCAAGCCUGUUGGCGAUGAUGCGUACACGACUCUUAACCUGGCCCGCAAUGGUGAUCUUACUGUGAAUAUUAAUUCAUUGGAGAGGAAAUCUACUCUCGAGGAAACCCUGAAGACAGCUUUGAAUACGUCGGCAACCGCACUUACCGGCUCUGAGUGUUCCUCAAUGCAAUUCCACUCCACGCUCGACAAAACCACGCUUCAUACUGGAUAUUCAAAAGCUGCUGGGCCAGAUUAUCGCCAGAUGAUACAGAAGGUACUUGACGAUGGGCUAAAAGUCGGAGAUUUGGCCUCAUAUCCCUCGAGUUGGACCAACGUUUGGUCUGACGCGAAUGGCGCCAACCUCGCAAACCUCCUCUGGUCCAAAAGUAACGGUGUUGGCUGUGCCUUAGCAGUUUGCGCCGAAGACGCAGCUGAAACUGAUACGGCUUUCCUAGUUUGUCAGAUGGAUCCUGCACCGCAGUUGAACAAUGCUCCCUUCGAGAAGCCUUACUACCUAGCGCUUAAGGAACGAACAACGAAACUGAAGGAUAUGAAGGAAGAGGAACUCAAGGGCACCACCGGCGGUUCAUCCAUUGCCGUCCCAUCCGUUCUUCUAGCCAGCUUGGUCGCCCUUAUCGCAACUACUGCUGCAUAG